GGUGCGGGGCCCCAGGCGGCGGAGUAUGCGCGGGCCUCGGCGGCCAGCCCCGGCGCACAGCCGCGGCCGGGGCGCGCGGCGCGGGGCGGAAAAGCCUGUUUACACAGACUGCACACCGCCUGGGGAAUAAUGCAGUAAAGGAAGUGAGCCGGCUCGGCCUGACUGCUCCAACUUCCUGCUCUCACACACACCAGAGGAAAAAAAAAAAAAAAAAAAAGAGGAGCGAGAGAAAGAAAAAAAAAAGGGGGAAAAAAUCAGGAUCUCAUUACAAGAGCAACAGACCGUCUGCAGACGCCUGUCAGCAUGGAAAGUCGGGGACUUUCGCCCGGUUCCUCCUAGAAAUUCCCCCGAAGAAGGAUCUUGAAAACUCCCCCGCAUCUGGGUAUGGAGAGUGCAAUCACGCUGUGGCAGUUCCUGUUGCAGUUGCUGCUGGACCAGAAACAUGAGCACCUGAUCUGCUGGACCUCCAACGAUGGUGAAUUCAAGCUCCUCAAAGCAGAAGAAGUGGCCAAGCUGUGGGGACUCCGGAAAAACAAAACAAACAUGAACUACGACAAGCUGAGCAGAGCCCUGCGAUACUAUUAUGACAAGAACAUCAUCAAGAAGGUGAUCGGGCAGAAGUUUGUGUAUAAAUUCGUCUCUUUCCCGGAGAUACUGAAAAUGGACCCUCACGCGGUGGAGAUCAGCCGGGAGAGCCUUUUGCUGCAGGACAGCGAGUGCAAGGCGCCCCCCGAGAGCCGCGAGGCCCACAGACACGGCCUGUCCGCCCUCAAGAGCGCCAGCCGCAACGAGUACAUCCACUCGGGCCUGUACUCGUCCUUCACCAUCAACUCCCUGCAGAACCCACCUGAGUCCCUCAAGGCCAUCAAGACGGAGAAACUGGAGGAGCCUCCGGAAGACAGCCCUCCCGUGGAAGAAGUCAGGACUGUCAUCAGGUUUGUGACCAACAAAACCGACAAGCACAUCAGCAGGCCCGUGGUGUCCCUGCCCUCCACGUCGGAGGCCUUCCUGGCCUCGUCCGUCUCCGCCAAGAUCUCCUCGUUAAUGUUGCCAAACGCCGCCGCCAGCAUCUCGUCUGCCUCACCCUCCUCCUCUCGGUCCCCGUCCCUGUCCCCGAACUCGCCCCUCCCCUCCGAACACAGAAGCCUCUUCCUGGAGGCCGCCUGCCAUGACUCGGAUUCCCUAGAGCCCUUGAACCUGUCAUCGGGCUCCAAGACCAGGUCUCCAUCUCUUCCCCCAAAGGCCAAAAAACCCAAAGGCUUGGAAAUCUCCGCGCCCCCGCUGGUGCUCUCCGGCACCGAUAUCGGCUCCAUUGCCCUCAACAGCCCGGCCCUUCCCUCGGGAUCCCUCACCCCAGCCUUCUUCACCGCCCAGACACCAAAUGGAUUGCUUCUGACCCCGAGCCCACUGCUGUCCAGCAUACAUUUCUGGAGCAGCCUUAGUCCAGUUGCUCCACUGAGUCCUGCCCGGCUGCAAGGGCCAAACACGCUGUUCCAGUUCCCUACACUGCUUAAUGGCCACAUGCCAGUGCCAAUCCCCAGUCUGGACAGAGCUGCUUCUCCAGUACUGCUUUCUUCGAACUCUCAGAAAUCCUGAUGACAUCUGGCCACAAUUAAAGACUCAUUAACUGAUGAAACAAAUUUGUCCCCAUGGGCUAGUUUACCUGUGUCAUGAGAAGGACGUUGUGAAACCCGUCUGUUAAUUUGGUUUGCACUUUUCAUAACAUGGAUGGUCUAGAUUUAUGUUACCAUUUUAAAAACUUUUUUAUAUUCAAGUAUAUAUGAAAAUCUGUUUUGCAUUAAGUGAAUUUUAAUGUUUUUGUUUUUUAUAUCUUCUUAGCUCUUAAGUGUUGAACACUGUUGACAGUGAAGAACUUUUCUUAAUGGUUUUCAAUGUAACUAAUAAGGAUGUGAAGCUUUUUUCCUCUUUAAUUCUGCAUAUGCUGAACUGUGCUUAUAUACACUAUAACCAGCUGUGCCUUCCUUUGCAUUUAGUUUAAUGUAAAUGAUUUAUAUAUUUUUUAGUAUUAAGAGAAAUUGAAAGACAAAAAUUAGUAUCAAACAGCUCUCUAGUGGAAUUUCAUUAUUUUUCACAAGUAGACAAUAUGAAAGCAGACUCAUAUUCUUUUUUGCUUUCAACUGUAUGAGAAUUGCCUUAGGACCUCUUUUGAACUGAAAUUCAGUGAAUAUAAUGUCCAAGUAAUGUUUUUAUAAGAAAAAAACUAAGCCAUAUUUAGACAAUAAACUUUCAUAAAAGAAAAGAAAAUAUUCUAAAGUGCAUUUUUUGAGAAAUGAACGUUGAAAGGCUAGCUUCCUGUUUACAAUCUUUUAGACUCCUUCCAAACAAAAACCUGAGAUGGAAAAGCUAUAAAGUUCACUCUAUACAUGCCCCUGGAAUAUUUCCUAGUUUAGCACAUUCUUGUUUAAAAAAAUUAACCUGGUUCUCCCAGUUUUCCAUAGAGAAUCAUACCUCUCUGAUGCAUUUACUGUAUCAUUAUGUUAGGGUUUCUCUAAACCCCUGAAACUAUAAUUAACAUUUAAAAAUCCUAUGCUUUGGAAGAGGUUCACAGACUGGUGAUGAAUACAAAUAACAAAGAAACAAUUUUGUAGAAACAAUUUUGUAACACCAGGUGUCUUCAUGUGUAUAGGUAUAGCCUUGCUUGUGGAAAUUGAGAGGUGUAGGAUACACUGCUUUAUGUAUUACUGUUUAUGGUGAGAAUGAAGGAAAACUGAUCAAAGAAAUAUAAAAUUCUUCAGGAGCCUCAUCAUUGUGGAACUGAACUGAUUAUAUAACAAUUUGGAAUACUCAGCAGUAAAUUCUUCUGUGCAGUGUAGUUUAGAGCAAUGAUAAUAGAAACAUAUUUUCUGUUCCUUCAAAAAAUCACCAGGCACUAGUCUACAGUGCCACUCUGUAUAUGAAGUAGUAAAGUUCUAAUGUAAGAUAAAAGAACUGGAAAGUGCCCAGUGCUUCCAAUUCAAGAUUAAGUUAAUUAUCAUCCUUAACUAUAACAGAAACCAAUUUGAAAUGUGGCUAAAUAAUUCAUUGAUCCAAAUGAGGCAUUAAAUGGCAGGGAUUAUGAGAAAGGGUAAAAAAUAAAGGUUGCCAAAACAAAUAUUUCUUGAAUUUUCAGGAAAUCUAAAAUUUUGUUUUGACACUUACAAAGUGAGAUUUUCAAUUGGAAUUGAGCAUCUCUGUGUUUGGGGAUGUAUGCCCUUAUCUGAGGAAAAAAAUCCAAACACUCCAAUAUGCAUCUUUGAAUAUAAAAUAAUGGGCCUGGUUCCAAAAAUCUCCAAAUAGACACUACUGUCACUCCCUUAUAGGCUAAGGAUAAUUCUGUACAUUUAAAAUAAAAGCUGGUCCAGGGGACUGGUAUUCACCAAACAUAAAAUGUUAGAAGAGGCCUUUGAGAAUGCAUCCAACCACCAUUUCCAGGUAAGGACAACUGCACAGGAGAAGUGGGAGUUGCCUAAGGCUACAUAGUUCAUUAAAGGUAGAACAAUGAUUGGUGCUCAGUCCAGUUCUAGUUCCCCAUGCCUAGCUAUAGGUAACUACUGGUCCAAAGCUGUAUGUUAGGUAGAAAAAAACAAAAAAAGAGCAUUAAAAAAAAAAACCCUGUUUUGUCAGAUAAGAGCACACCUCAAAUUCAAGAUUCUCACAGAGAAACUAAGUCAAUGUGCAAAAACCUCAACCAAAAAUAUUAUUUUAAAUGUAAAUGUUGAAUGUAAAUCUGAUUCUUGUACUCCCUUCCUCCAAAUACUAUGAUUAACAUACACUCUAGCUCCACUUAUUAGAAAUGGAAAAAUACAAUAAUUUUCGAUGGAUCAAAAAACUCACUAUAACACAAAUAGAGAAAUGGAGGUAUUGAAGUAUAACACUUAUAGCUCUGACUCAUUCUGUGUGUUGGGUUGGUUUGUUUGUUUUUUUAAACAAUUAUUUUAGUCAGAAAAUAGGUUUCAAAAAACGUAAGAAAUAACUUUGUUUCCCCCUUUUUAUAUGUUUGCUUGAUCAGUGUUAAAAUGCUAUGUAUGGUAAAGUUUUAUAGAUCUAUAACCUAAACGUUGGUCUCUUUGUACACAUCUUUUCUAUGACUGCAAAUCUUCAUUCAACUUUCAUAUAUGUAUCAUUUUUACUGUUAUUUUUGUUCAAUAAAUACUUUGUGAUAAAAGGUGUGAA